AUGAGUGUUAGAAAGCUAAGAACAGCUGUGUCACAGAAGUUUGGUAUUCAUGUUAGUGUUGGUCAGUGCAGGAGAGUUAAGAAAUAUGCACCCCAAUUAAUAGAUGGUACCCUAGUUGAACAUUAUGCAAAGUUAUGGUCGUAUGCAGAAGAGAUUAGGAGAUCAAAUCCAGGUAGCACUGCCAAGCUUGAUGUAAAUCAUAUGCCAGAUGGGAAUAACUACUUUAGUAAGUUCUAUGUUUGCUUUGAUGCAUUGAAGAAGGGGUGGAAGGAGGGAUGCAGGAAGAUAACAGGUUUAGAUGGUUGUUUCCUUAAAGGGAUCUGCAAAGAGGGGUUAUUAUGUGAUGUUGGAAGGGAUGCAAACAAUGGGAUUUAUCUCAUUGCAUGGGUAGUAGUAUGUGUGGAGAAUAAGGAAAAUUUGAGGUGGUUUUUGGAUUUACUCAUUGAUGAAUUGGGACUUAACUUAGGCUAUGGAUACAGUGUAAUAUCGGAUCAACACAAGGGUUUGAAUGAGGAUGUGAAAGAACUCCUUCCAUAUGUAGAGCACAGGCAGUGUGCCAAGUAUAUUAGCCAAAAACUUAGGAUAAGGUAUAGUGGUGUCCAAUAUGAAAGCAUAUUCUGGAAGGGAUGUAAAGCAACAACAAAGGUAGAUUUUAAGGUUUCCAUGAAAGAGCUUGAAGUGCUAGACCCAAGUGCUUAUCAGAAGAAGCCAAUUAUCACCAUGCUAGAGGAGUUGAGGAUGUAUAUAAUGGAGAAGGUGUUUAACAAGAAAUACAAGGGUCUAAGAUGGGGCAACCAAAUUUGUCCAACAAUUAGAGAAAUAGUGAAUGAGAUUAAGAAGGGUCUAAGACAUUACCAAGUUUUACCUAGUAGACUAAAUCAGUUUGAAGUAAGAGGAACUACAGAUUCUUAUGAGGUGGAUCUUGAAGAAAGAACUCGCUCAUGUAGGCUUUGGCAGCUUAAUGAAAUCGGUUGUGUCCAUUCUGUUGCAGCUAUUAGUUUUAUGAAUAGGGAUGUGGAGUCAUAUGUGGACAAAAUGUUUAGUAGCAUCACUUACAUGAAGGCAUACAAGUUUAGAUUAGCACCUAUGAAUGGAAGUAAUUUGUGGCCUGCAACUGAUUACACUCCACCUUUACCUCCUGUUCGUAGAACUAUGCAUAGGAGACCUGCAACUAAAAGGAAAAGGGAUGCAAUAGAAAACCCCCACCAGUCAAGUAAAAAAUCAAAGAAAACUACCCAAACACAAAACAAAGGUAAGGAGCAGGUGAAGGUAUCCAAGGCUGGGAAAAAACAAAAAUGUAGCCUUUGUAAGAUUGAAGGACACAACAAAAGAGCUUGUACUUUAACAAGGCAUCCUAAAAUCAAAGAUAAAAGAAAAACAAAACAGGGUGUAGCUGAAGCACUCAAUGAGGAUGAUGAAGAUAAUCAAGCUAAUGCAAUGAAUGAAGGUGAUGAAGUGCAUGAGGGUGAUCAAGCAGUAAAUGAUGAUGGAGGGGCAGUAAAUGAUGGCGGAGAAGUAGUCAAUGAGGUGCAUGUACAACAAGACUAUGAUGAGGUGGAACUCACUCAUUUGGAGUUUGAUGCAUCAGCAAAUGGAGAACCUGGUCAGGUUCAUGUUUAA